AUGCUCCGCAGGCCGCCCGCGCCGUCGCGGCGCACGCGCCCCGCGCCGUCGCGGCGCCGGCCGUGCGUGGCGUCCGCGGUCCCCGAGCGCGCCCCGCCCGAGGACGCGCCCGCGGCGCCCCUCAGCGCGGCGCAAGUGAUGGACAACAUGCGCGCGGCCCGCGCGUGGCGCCCGCCGGCGGGGUGCGACAUCCUGGUGCGCGGCUCCGGGCGGCACAUGGGCGUGCCGGUGACGUGGCAGCUGCGGUACGGCGCGGACGGGGCGCUGUUGGAGGAGAUAGCGUCGGAGGAGUUCGAGCUGCGGUGGGGCCACGGGCGGCUGCCUGCGGCGCCGUGCUGGGAGGUGGACCACACGGGGGUGGCGCGGGAGCUGGAGUCGGACGACCGCGAGGGGCUGAUGCUGUCGUCGUGGGUGCGCACGGGGCGCUGGCUGAUGCCCGAGGCGCAGGGGGAGCUCGAGGUGUGGCCCGAGGCCGAGGGGGGCGACUCGUGGCCGGCGGCGCGGCGCGCCCCGCCCGGGCCGCUGCUGCGCGUGCGCGUGCGGCUGCCCGAGGGCCGGCUGUGGGCGGACGUGCUGGUGUCGCAGAACACGUGGGAGCUGGUGGGGGCGCAGAUCCCGCUGUGCGGGGAGGUCGAGCACUGGUUCUACUCCGCGUGGCGCGACUGGCCGCUCGGGGACGACGGCGGCGCGCUCCUGGGCCUCCCGGAGCGCACCGAGCACUACAGCGCGGCGGGCGGGCACAACGUGUACGUGACGGAGUCGGCGGUGGCGGUGGCGUCGGUGGACGCGGUGGCGUACGCGCUGCCCCCGACGCCCGCGCUGCCGCCGGACGCGACGUUCGACGCGGGCGUCAGCGGCGCCGUGCCCGCGGUGCGCACGGUGUCGGGGCACCUGCUGGUGCAGGGGAGCGUGGACGGGCAGGACGCGGGGUGGUUCAUCGUGGACACGGGCGCGUCGGGGCUGGUGAUCGAGCGCGGGGCCGCGGACCGCCUCGCGAUGGCGUCCUUCGGGGAGGUGUUCGUGUCGGGCAUGGGCCACACCUUCCAGUGCACCUUCCGGCGCAGCGGCCACCUGCGCGUGGGGCCCAUGCGCAUGGAGCGCCCGCUCUUCAUGGAGAUGGCCGUCGCGCGCGUGGUCACGGGCGCGCCCGGCCCGGUCGUGGGCAUCCUCGGCUACGACGUCUUCCGCCGCGCGGUGGUCGAGCUGCCCGCGUUCCCGGAGCGCGGGCCGCUGCCGCGGGACCCGCAGCGGUGCGAGCUCGUCGUGCACGACCCGGCGACGUACGAGGCGCCCCCGGAGCUCGACGGGCGGUGGGUGCCGACGCGGAUCAUCGGCAACCUGCCGUACGUGCCCGUCACGUUCGACACGGGCACGGGCGAGGUGCGCGAGGGGCUCUUCAUGGUCGACACGGGCGCGGGGGGCAUCGACGCGAUGUUCCACGAGCGGGCGGUGCGCGAGCUCGGGCUCGGCGGCGGCGGGGGGGUCAAGUACAUCCGCGGGGUUGGCACGGGCCGCGGGACGGGCAUGCGCGUCCACACGGGCGUGCUGCCGUGGCUGUCCGCGUCGGGGGAGAAGAUUCCGGCGGUGCAGUGCUUGUUCGCGGGGCCGGGGGGGCUGGACCUGUCGGUGUACUCGACGGGCAUCCUGUGCGGGGACCUGGUGCUGCACAUGGGCGCAGUCGUGGACUACGCGCGGCAACGCGUGGCCUUCCUGUCCCCGCAGGGCGACGCGGCGCAGACGGGGACCGGCAACGCCUCGACGUCGGCGGGGACCAGCGACGCCUCGACGCUGGCGACGCAUUACACGCUAGACGAGGACGACUGGGAACGGAAGGCUUGA